AUGAAGCUCUUUGCUGUGCUGGCCACGUUGGCCCUGGCGGCCAUGGUGGGUCUUGCGAUUGCGGGUGAGGACGGUGUGGUGGAGGAGGAUUUCCACUUGCGCCCUGGCGUCGAGGAGCAGCAUGUCCGCAUUGUUUCGGAGGAGGCUGGAGUUGCGUGCACGUUCACCUACAAGUGCAGCGGAGGCACGGGCGAGAACUGGAAGGUGAGAAUCGCGCCCGUCGAGGCAAACACCUACGUGUGCACUGUGGGACGGCCCAACCCGCCCUCCUAUCUCCUCAUGAGCCAGUUCCUCCUCGCCCUCGAACCCGCCGGCACCGGCGCUAGCGUCAAGCUCACCUCUGCCGAUCUCCAUGGUGGCGGUAAGAUGGUGCCAAGCGGCCAGUACGUCGUAGAUGCAGAGCUUGCCCAGGUGCGACCAUCCGAGUCGUGGGGCGGCUCUCUUGAGCAGCUCACCGCCGUGGUGGAGGUAACGAAGAAGCCCGCGGAGAAGAAAAAGAAGAAGGGAGGCAACAAGAAGAAGGCCACCACCAAGAAGGACAACACCCACAGGGAGGAGCUGUGA